AAAACACAAGUUAGGCAAAUAAUUAUUGAUAGUAAUAGUGAUAAAAGUGAAUCAGAUUUAAAUAUUCUGAAAACUUUGGAAAUAAAUGCUUAUGACACUGUUAAUACUUUAUAUAAUAAAAAUAAAAUUGAAGAGAAUGAUCGGGAAGAAAGAGAACUGGGUAUUUAUUAUUUCAUUGUGCCAAUAAAUGGAGAAGAACCUGAAACACUCCAAAUUCCCAUUUCUACAUCAUAUCCAAUAUCUAACUUAUCGGAAAUUAGUCAG